AUUGCUUAGAGGAAUUCUUUUGUAUGUUUUUACAGCAUUUCUGUUGAGCUAAUAAGGUGUCCAUUGAACUCUGAGAUGCUACAGUUAGAGAAUCUCAGAAUGAUUUGUGUUGGAAUUGACCAUUUCAUUCUAACUCCCCUGCCAUGGGCAGGGACACUUUCCACUACACCAGCUUGCCCAAAGCCUCAUCCAGCCUGACCUUGAACCUUGUGACUGAGAAUUUGCAGUUGGUCACUCAGAUAAACAGUAGGAACAGAAAGUGUCUCUAAAAAUUGCUUUCAGUAGCUUGUCCUGCUCUGGCAGGUAAACACCCCAGAAAAGGCUGUGGAAGAUAACUAAUUAGAGUUUAGUCAGUGUCCAAACACCUUGGGAGUUUUCUUCAGUUACCUGUCCUACUUUGUUUGGCUUUUAAAAAAGCAAUUGAAGCAAAUGGUAACUGUUGUGGAAAGUUGAGUGAAUUUUUUAGCUCUUUCAACUGGUGAAGUAAGUCUUAAGGACUGUAGCAUCCUUGCACUUCAGACUUCUUUCAGGGAACAUCGUCCGGUUCAUAAGCAGAGUAUGGCAGGAUUCCUAGGAAGAGACAUAUGUUUGCUUAUUUUUCUAUUUUUGUAAACAUUUUUCAUAUGCAAAUAUGGUGAAAUGAGGUGAGCAGCUUAAAUUUUUUUUUGGCUGAUUUGUCAUGGUUGAUGCCUAGCUUUAAUAAGCUUUUAUUUCAGGCUCUUAAUAAAAUAAAAUCCUUAGUGCAGAAACUCCAGAUUUAAUGACAUUUUUGUAUGGGAGCUCUACUCUUGGCCUUGGCUUGCAUCAAUUAAGCUAAUUCUGCAGACUGUACCCUUGACCUAAUGAAGUAACUGAUGCUCAUGUGUCAGCAGGUGUGUUAUUUCCAGUCACUGAAGGAGGACAGAACCACAUCCCUGGGUAGAGGUUUUCACAGAUAAUUUUUGGGAAUAUUGGUAUUGAGAAAUAUGUUAUACCAGCAAAGUCUUUGUGGGAAUUUUUGCCUGAUGUGCUUUUUCUGUCUACUCAGAAAGAUUUUUGUUUAUUCUUGUGUGUGGAGGGCCAAAGGCCAGUGAUUUACAAGUCUCAUCCCUGUACCCUGGAAAGGAGGUAGAAAGUAACACCUCCCUAGGCUGGGGUGAGAGAAGCCUUUCUCCCACAGGUCUUUGCAGUUAAAUGUUAAUCCUUUUGGGUUCUGGUGUUAUAUUGGUUUGCCAAGUUUAUGUUACCCUGUUCAGCCCAUGUUUACCAUUUAUGUAUUCCCUCCAGAAUGUUCCCCCUUCCUCAGACCCCAGUUGGCCCAAUUUUGGUGCAUUGCUCCACCCUGUCAAUCCCCAUUGGUUGCCCCUGUCCCUAACCCAUCCUGUGCACCUGUUCCCAUUGGAUCCUAGCUCUCUGAACCACCCUCUCAUAUCUCAUAUAUAAUCCUGGGCCCUCAGCCUGUCCUUGUUCUUGUCCCUGGACCCUCUUCAAGGCAGUAAAGCUUUCAGGUACCCAAACAAGAACCUGUCCCAACGACAUCCUUCUUUGUCAGCUUUCUAGUGGCACUGUGCUCCAGACCCAAAUGUGCAGGCAGCCUUAGGGACCUGGUUGUAGCAUGGUGCUGCACUUGUGUUCUUCUGGUUUGCCUUGGCCUCCCCAAGGGUCGGGUGCUUUCAGGACUAACCUGUACUGUACCAAAUACUGGCAAGUGGAGCAUUGGGAACAGAAAACAGACUUGGGACUCCUUCCAGCAUUUAGGAAAAGUGAUUGCUGUGGAAUUGCUCAGCUGAUUUCCAUGGAGGUGGAGUCUGUUGACUGUGUUUGGCACAGAAGCCUGUGGGAAGAGCUCCAUGUUAAUGUGCAGUGUUAACAAAAGAGGCCGAAGGACAGUGUUCAGACUUGCAGUGGGGGUGAACUUGGAUGUGGAGAGUGAAAAGCAGCUUGAUGUUCCUCUGCUGAUAUUUUUUUUUUCCAAGUUUCAGGUUUCUCUUGCAGGCAGGAAAGUACUAAAGCUGCAUAUAAAAGGUUGCGAAGUUAAUAUUACCUUUAAGGACAUGUGGUUUUGCCAAAUUCAUUUUUUGUUGUUUACUUUAUCUGAAAUCUACAUCUUGCUCACAUUACUGUUCCCCACUCAGAAUGUUGAUACCAUAUGUCUUAAGUAUUUCUGUCUUUUUACGGAGCUGGGAGAAGGGAAGGUUCUGUUGUGGUUAAACAAUUCCUAUCUUGGUUAAACCUAUCUUGGUUUUGCACUGUAUCGUCACCAAGACAGGCAGUCCUAGCCUAUGCAAUGCCUUCCUGUCAGUGCUGAGGAUCAAACUGCUAUCCAGUGAUUGAGAUCAUCUGCCUGCUGUUGCAGAAAACUCAUCUUUUUUUCUCUAUUUUUUUUCCUCAGGAUUAUUUUGCAGCUAACAUAGUGGUUGUCCAAGUAACUUGCAUCAUGAAAGCCAGAAAUUCCUGGAGCAGUAGAGGAAAUAGGAAUCCCUCAGCUGGAAGACAGAGAAGAUGACUACUCUUCUGUCACAGUGCUUUUGCCAUGUUCAAUUUAAACCAUCCUGAAAGUGUACUAGUAGUCAGACUCUGUGGUGGAGCAGUUCCAUCUUCAUGUGUAAGCUCUGUAACUUAUUUUCACCAAAUAAGUCCGAGCUGUUGUCUCAUGUCUCCGAGAAACACACAGAAGAAGGGACCAGUGUGGAUGAUAUUGUGAUUCCUCUCCAACCUCUAUCAGUACCCAGAAACACAAGCAAAGAUGGAGAAGAGCUUCUCGUAGCAAAGAGGAAAAGGGGCAGACCAAAAGGGUCCACUAAGAAGCUUUGUGUGGAUGAAGAUGUGGCAGAAAACAAUCCUGUUCCAAGCAAAGAGACCCCAGCUGGGACAGAAGAAGGCCUGGAACCGACUGAAGUCUCACCAGGCAGCCUGGAAUGCAGGAAAUGCAAUCGGAAAUUCUCCAACACGCGUCAGCUGACCAAGCACAUCUGCAUUAUUGUUCUGAAUGAAGGAGAAGAAGAAGGAGAUGGAGGUAAUGAUUCUGACGUUGACCUUGACAGGAAGGAAGAUGAGCGAGAAAAAACUCCCAAGAGGCCCAGAGUUCAGAAAACAGAGAAAACAGCAUCAGCUAAGGAGACUGAACAGGUUUCAGGAGCUAAAAAUCCUAUUAUAAGUGUUGUUUUGACAGCCCAUGAAACUAUUCCAGGAGCCAGAAAAAUUGUUCCUCUUGAGGCUUCUCCUCAUGAAAGUGAACCCACAACUCCAGAUACAGCAGUCCAAGACCCAUCACAACGCAAAGGAUAUCAAGAAUAUGCCAUUCAGCAAACCCCAUAUGAACAGGCAAUGAAAACAAGCAGGUUGGGUCCAACUCAACUGAAGAUUUUCACAUGUGAAUACUGUAACAAGGUGUUCAAAUUUAAGCACUCCCUCCAAGCACAUCUGAGGAUUCAUACAAAUGAGAAACCUUACAAAUGUUCUUACUGCAGUUAUGCCAGUGCCAUCAAAGCCAACCUGAACGUUCACCUGCGGAAGCACACCGGGGAGAAGUUCAGCUGUGAUUAUUGUACCUUCACUUGUCUCAGCAAAGGCCAUCUCAAAGUCCAUAUCGAAAGGGUUCAUAAGAAAAUUAAGCAGCACUGUCGUUUCUGCAAAAAGAAAUACUCAGAUGUUAAAAACUUGAUCAAGCAUAUGAAGGAAACUCAUGACCUUCAAGAUAAAAAGGUGAAAGAUGUUUUUGAUGAGCUUCGCUUGAUGACACGAGAGGGCAAAAGACAACUUCUCUAUGACUGCCAUAUUUGUGAGCGCAAAUUCAAAAAUGAACUGGACCGGGACCGUCACAUGCUUGUUCAUGGUGAUGAGAGGCCCUUUGCUUGUGAGCUCUGUGGUCAUGGAGCCACUAAAUACCAAGCCCUUGAGCUUCAUGUUCGAAAGCACCCUUUUGUAUACGUGUGUUCUGUGUGCCUGAAGAAGUUUGUCAGUUCUGUGAGGCUCCGUGCUCACAUCAAAGAUGUGCACGCAGAUCUGCAGGAGGACUCUGUUUUUAACAGUUCUAUCAACCAAAGCUUCUGCCUGCUUGAGCCAGGAGGUGACAUCCAGCCAGAAGCCCUUGGUGACCAGCAGACACAAACUGCAGGUGAAUCGACUGUCUCGAGUACUGAUGCUGUUAACACCCCACAGCCAUCUGCUGCUAAAGGUGAAUCAGCAGCUGCAGAUGUUAACCAUGAUGGUCACCACAAUGGUGAUGUAAAAAUUGAUGCAGUCCUUUCCUUAGAAUUGGAAAAUCCUCUGGUGAAGAAUGUAGCAGAGACGCUGUGUCAGACAACAACAGACGUAGCAGUCCCAGAUGUGCAGCCCUGUGUAGCACCAGAUUGUUUCCUGCUGAAAAAUGGUACUGCUGGCCCUGAGGAGUUAAAAGGUACACCCCCAAAUGAAGAGGAAGUUAAUCAGUGCAGUUCUGUAAACAAGCAGGGUGAAGAAAUUAAUCUUUUACUAUCUGAAGACAAAAGUUUAAAUGUGAGUCAGAACAACGCAGUGACUGAGAACCUUCCAGUCCUUGAAGAGAGAAUCCAGUCUGUUCCUCCUGGUGAAUCAGAAACAGACAAUCCUCCCAUUCAAAGUUUGGCAGAAGCCACAGGCCCUUCAGGAGCAUCAGAAGCUGGUGCAGCCACCAGCCCCCAGGCAGCCCCUUCUAACACAGCUACAGCCAACGGGGGCAAUGGAUCCGUCGCCUUCAUGCAGAUCUUGGACAGCUUGCAGAAGAGACAAAUGAACACUGAAUUGCGUGACAGGAUAAGGAAGGUUUAUGGAGACUUGGAAUGUGAAUAUUGUGGCAAGUUGUUUUGGUACCAGGUGCACUAUGACAUGCACGUCCGUACACACACUCGAGAACAUUUAUAUUACUGCUCCCAGUGCAAUUAUUCUUCCAUCACCAAGAACUGCCUUAAGCGCCACGUCAUUCAGAAACACAGCAAUAUUUUGCUGAAAUGUCCCACAGAACAUUGUGACUACUCCACUCCUGAUAAAUACAAGCUCCAGGCACACCUUAAGGUUCACACUGAUCUGGAUAAAAAGAGUUAUUCCUGUCCUGUGUGUGAGAAGUCAUUUUCUGAAGAUCGACUUAUAAAAUCUCACAUCAAGACAAAUCACCCUGAGGUUUCAAUGACAACUAUUUCUGAGAUUCUUGGCAGAAGAGUUCAGCUGAAAGGACUUAUUGGAAAACGAGCUGUGAAAUGUCCCCACUGUGAUUUUUAUUUUAUGAAGAAUGGUUCAGACCUUCAGCGUCAUAUUUGGGCUCAUGAAGGUAUCAAACCCUUCAAAUGUUCCCUCUGUGACUACGCCACUCGCAGCAAGAGCAACUUGAAAGCCCACAUGAAUCGUCACAGCACAGAGAAAACCCACCUUUGUGAUAUGUGUGGGAAAAAGUUCAAAUCAAAAGGCACUUUGAAGAGCCAUAAACUCCUUCAUACUGCUGAUGGAAAGCAGUUUAAAUGCACAGUGUGUGACUAUACAGCUGCCCAGAAACCACAGCUCCUACGUCAUAUGGAACAACACGUCUCUUUCAAGCCCUUCCGCUGUGCACAUUGCCACUAUUCCUGCAAUAUAUCUGGUUCCCUGAAGAGGCAUUACAACAGGAAGCAUCCUAAUGAAGAGUAUGUCAAUGCAGGGUCUGGGGAGCCUGCAGCUGAAGCUCUUAUCCAACAAGGUGGCAUUAAGUGUCCUGUUUGCAGCUUUGUGUAUGGUACAAAAUGGGAGUUCAACAGACAUCUUAAAAACAAGCAUGGAAUGAAGUUAGUGGAGAAUGAUGGGGAGACCAAAUGGGAGUUAACUGCCGAAGUUUCUGAAGAGGCAUCCACUCAGUAUCUCCAUAUCACAGAGGCUGGAGAAGAUGUUCAAGGCACUCAAGCUGCUGUGGCUGCAUUACAGAACCUCAGAUACACUUCUGAGAGCAGUGAAAGACUGGAUCCAACAGCUGUAAACAUCCUGCAGCAGAUCAUUGAGCUGGGUUCAGAAUCCCACGAUGCCACUGCAGUGGCUUCUGUCGUUACCAUGGCACCUGGCACAGUGACAGUGGUGAAGCAGGUGAAAGAAGAGGAGCAGUCAGCCAACCACACACUGAUGAUCCAGGAGACGCUGCAGCAAGCCUCGGUGGAGCUGUCGGAGCAGCAUCACCUGGUGGUGUCCUCAGAUGAGGUGGAGGGCAUUGAGACAGUCACUGUCUACACCCAGGGUGGGGAGGCUUCAGAAUUCAUUGUUUAUGUUCAGGAGGCUGUGCAGCCUGUGGAGGAGCAAACUGUGGAAGAAUCAGUGCAGGAGCUCUAGAGAAAAAUGCUCAAAGGAGGUGAUUUCUUGAUUUGCCAAAGCCAGAGGUUUGGGGUUUUUUUGUCCCAACCAAAAGCAAGCAAGCUGAUGGAUUUUCAGUUGAUUAGUGAUCUAACUGGUUGGAUUGUAUCAGUGACUUAGACAUAUUAUGUGCAAAACCUUCUCAGACUUUUUGUUUCUAAAAUAUGCUUUUAAGGAAAAAGUAUUCUUCCCCAUCUUUGAAGAUCUCUCACUUGAUUCCUGUAAAUUCACAUGAGUAUUGUCUGUUCAAAACUGUGGUAUCCCAUGAUAAAAACCAUCUAUAAAGAUAGCUAGAGUGUCUGGAAAAGCCCAUACAUCCCAUUUUAUAUGUGCUUUCAUAUAUUCCUGACUUUGCUGGAAGCAAAGUCGUUUUUUCUAUAAUUAAAAUGGCCUCGUAGCUCUGAGUACAUGCUUAGAAAGUGUCUGCCGAGUUGUAACCCAAACAAAGGCUUGAUUUAAUUAGAAACACACCACAGAUGAACUGUAGUUUCUACCUGUGAGAUGAUCCUUUGAGUCUGGGAGGUAUUUAAAGCCAUAUGUGAUAAUUCUGGGUAUCAGUAGGAUGACUGUUAUUUAGCUAUUUGAAUAAUGGUAGCUAUUUCCAUCCCUCUGAAUAAAUAUCUGUCUUGUAUCAUAAGGUGAAACCAAAACUGUCAAAUCAAGGAAAUAUUCUUUUGUUUUUAAGAAAAAAAAUAUAUUCAGAAGUUUUGUAAAUGCUAAAAGAGAUGUAUGUUCAUAUGUUUUAAAUAGACAUGCUUGUAAAUAUGACUGUGUGAAAAAAUUUGUACAAAAAAAGCUUAAAUAAAAUAUUGAUGAGAAUCAAGAUAUUCUUAAUUAUGCAUGUAUAUAGUUCCAGACUUUUCUUCAUGAAUCUUGAAUUGUUUCUGUUUUAAUAUUUUCAAAUUUGACCUAUAAAAAUUAUUAAUAAAUAAAGAAAUGUAAUGUUUUCUUC